CAAAAUGACGUCAGUGGAUUGUGGACGGCCCCACAGAGCGGUCCGGGGUUUGGUACAAUAUUGAGCAUUGUUGUGCGUGUAUCUUAUGUCUUUUAAAGGACGUACACCAUACAAACGGGGGAACAUGCUUAUUUACAUAAAUGAUCUAAAUGAUGAAAUUACGUCGUCGGAUUUCUUCGACGUUUUUAAAAGAAAUAGUGUGCGGCAGGUAAAACUAAUGCUCGAGGCUGGAUAUGACGUCAAUGCCAGAAAUAUAAAAAUGGAAACUCCCCUUAUGGCUUGCGUCAAACACUGCCAUGAUCCUGUAUGUCGGGCCGGGCUUGUAAAGCUACUGUUUGACGCGGGGGCCGAUAUCAACUUACGCAAUGGACGAGGCCAAUCUGUGCUUAUGUACAGCUGCGUACUGAACCAGCUGGACACGGUUAUAACAAUGCUUCAAAAGGAAAACCUUGAUGUCAAUCAAUGCGAUGAUGAUGGAAACACCGCCCUGAUGUACGCAUGUAAUCUAGGAUUUCCGGAAAUUGUAGCUACCUUCCUGGAAGCGCACCGACUACAGCAGCAUACUUUGGACCUGAAGAAACAAAACUACGAUGGAUUCACAGCGCUGGACCACGCAGCCGAUUCUCGCCACUUCAACAUAGUGAGACUUUUCUGUCAGUUUAUGAAAGUACCCGAAGCAUACUUAAGAUCUGACGCUAAUGCGGUUGGCGAUACAAUUAACCAAAGAAGCGUGACGUCAUCGGUGAUCAACACGCCGCAAAUCAAUGACAGGAUACUGCGAUAUAUAAAGGAUGUUCGAGACCCACCAAUGGACAAACAAAACACGUCCUUGGAGAAAAGAGAUGAGUUGUCCUUACCAGCGCAGGUGUCUGGCAGUGUCUGUCAACCAAAAAACGCGAGCGAUUUUAGUUUAUCACAUUUAGGUGAUCAACCAGAUGGAAUACCAGACCGUGUUACAGGCAUCACAAACGCAUACGAAAACAGCCAAGAAUACUCUGAUAAGAAAAUACACCAAAAAGCAUCUGCAUGGUUGAAGCGGGAAAAGAAUGGGCAAAUGCCAAUGUCAAAAUCAGUCGUCUCAGACGAGAAUAGGUGGAAUCGUACGCACCUGAAGGAGUCGUCAUCGUGCCUGGAGAGUAAACCGGACUACAACGGCAAGGACUCGCGGAAGGGUAAAUCUACGAAACAAAGAGACACUUUUCAAAGUAAUAAUAAAUUUGCUGGCUGGCUUCGAACGUAUAGUUCAAAUAAUAACAGUCAAAAUUGCAAGAGCCCACCAAUAAUUACGUUCACUAACCAAAAUGAAGACCAAAAGAAUUCAUCUAUGAACUGUAAUUGUCUUUCAAGGCCUAGUAGUACUGAUUUAAAACUUGGAUUAGGGUCAUCUAACUCAGCUAUUCACCUAGAUGAAAUCAAAUUACCAACUUACCAGGACCCGGUUUCAAGACCACCAACUCCAUACCCUGCUAUGCUAUGUUCCCCGUACAGUGAACGCAAAGGGAUUGCAUUUCUUCUUCAAGGUACUUCUAUGGAACACUGGAACGGCGACAGAGCAGACCACAUCAACGAUGAUGUUAAAACCUCUUACAGAUUACCCAAGGCAACCACGUCGAACACGAAUCAAAUAUCAGUUCAUGGAAAGCCACUUCCUAAAAUAUCAAAUAAAAACAAUGCACGCUAAGCAAAGAAAAAUAUCUUUAAAUAGUAUAUCUUUCGGCAAUCUAAAUAAUAUAUAUCCUUCGGCAAUCUAAAUUUUAACUGAAAAUCAUGUAUGGUUUUGAAUUGUUUAUGAAUGGACAGAAUAUAUUGGCUGUUUUAAAGUUUUAGUUGCUUAAAAAGCUCACUGUAAGGUUUGUAAUAAAUUUACUCAAUAGGAUUUUACCUGCAAAGGUGGUUAAAAUGGAUUUUGAAUAUCGAUAUUUGAAAAAGUGUUACUGUUUAAUAUACUUCCACGACAAAUCAUGAGGAAUGUUUGUCUUUCUUACACCAUGUUGAGUUAGUUUAAUAAACAGGGUAAAAUGAUAUAUAUUAUAUGUGAUGUUUUAUAGAAACGGCAAACUCCAUUAAUUUAUAUAGGCCUAACUUGCCAUUUAUUAAAAAAUUAACCUGUCGUAUACAUAUAUAAAUUGAUAUAAAUCAAUAAACUGAAAUAAAACAGAUUUGUAUUUAA